AUGGAGGGCGACAAGCGCAAUCUUGCUGAUCUUCUCAAGGACGGUGGAGACUCAGGCGUUCCAGAGUAUAUUGGGCCUCUUCCACUUACUGUCAAAAAGCGCGUUUGCGCUCUCAAAAAAGUACAACUCGAUAGCAUUGAGGUUGAAGCGAAGUUCUACGAACGUGUUCACCAGCUCGAAAAGGAAUUUGAAAGCGAGUUCAAUAAACUUUACGAGCAG